AUGGCGGCGCCGGCGGCGAACCCGGUGAUGAUGGCGGCAACGCCUCCAAAGACUGUCAGGAAAAAGGCUGCGAAGGGGAAGUCGGUGGACAAGCAUUCAACCGAUGAGAGGCUCAAAGAGCAGCCUCCAAAGACUGUCAGGAAAAAGGCUGCGAAGGGGAAGUCGGUGGACAAGCGUUCAACCGAUGAGAGGCUCAAAGAGCAGGCUCACCCAGUAGGCCCACUGGGUGAGCCUACUGGGGGGGUCGCCGCACGCCAGCUCACACGACCACGCAGAACCGACACAAAAUGUCCCCCGCGACCGCUCCAGCUGGAGGAGGACAUCGUGCGCCUCCGAGAGGAGCUGGUCAGAGAGCGGCGGGAGAAGAGCGACUUCCAGCUGGAGAGGAGCGGGAUGCAGGACCGCUGGGAGAACUGCAGGAGGAGGCUGGAGGAGGAGCAGGCCGAGCUGAGGAGGAAGCAGAGGGAGAGAGAGGAGGCGGAGCAUCGCCACCGAGAGGAGAUCACCGUGUACAAUCAGAGGCUGAAGCACGUCCUGUCCGAACACCGCGACGCCGCCAACGCGCUGAAGGCGGACGGCGUGACCUCCACCGUCCCGCUGCUGAGCCGCCACGCGCAGGCAGAGCUGGAGCUGCGGCGGGAAGCGCUGCGCCUGCAGGCGGCGAGCAGGGAGCAGACGCUCCACGGAGAGAACGAGCUGACGGAGCUGAAGCUGGAGCAGCAGGCGGAGUUGGUGGAGCUGGAGAAACGCUGCAGGGAACGAGUCCAAGGUGAAGCAGGAGGGCCGGCCUGUUGGGGCGUUGCCUUGUCAGAAACUGUGACUCCCCCCCUCGCCGUCCCAAUAGUGAUGGUGACAAAGCGUGAGACGAGCGAGGAGUCCGUCAUCGCGGCGCACUCCAGGCAGCAGGGCCGCGCCACGCAGCAGGGGGAGCGCCGCAUGAGGAUCAGCGUCGACGCCGUGGUGGAGCGGCACGACCGAGCCCUGCAGCACCUGAACUCACACGGCUCGGCUCAGCGCCGACUGCUGGACAAGCAGAGCAAGCUGAAGUUGAAAAUUGCAGAGGAGAUGAAGCUGAAGGUGCGGGUGGAGAAGCGGAUGUCAGAGGUGGAGCAGGAGAACCAGCGCCUGAAGGAGGCUCUGCCCGAAGGCCAACGGAAGCUCUCCGAGUCACAGGAGCAGCUGGAGGCCCACCAGCAGGCCUGCGCCAAGGAUCUGGCGGCGAACACCAAAGCCCGCGUGAAGGCGCUGGGCCGCGCCCACCGGGAGCUGUCGGUGAACCACGUGGUGCUGGAGCAGGCCGUGGAGGAGGUUCAGCGGGAGAUCGAGGAGCGGUCGCGGAUCCAGACGGCGGCCAUCUUGGAGGCGGAGCAGGAGGCCGGCCUGAAGCACCUGGUGCUGGAGAGGAAGGUGGCGGCGUUGAGCCGCGUGGCGGAGAAAAAGGAGGCGGAGCUCUGCGCCGCGCUGUCCGCCUCCAACAUCGACCAAUCAGCAGCCGGCGGCGCCACUGACAAACUCCAGGAACUGCUGCAGUCCAAACAGGCGACGGUCAGCGGGCUGCAGUGCGACCUGGCUGGAGACCGUAAGGAGUACGAUGACCUGCUGCAGACCUGUCGGGACCGGCUGGCGGCUUCGGGCGUCCCUCUGCACGACUUCCCCUUCAAGAGCUCCAAGUGGAUCCUGGGGGGGCGGACCCGGGUCCAGGACUCAGCGGACCCACAUGACGGGCAUCAAUAAGUCUGUUCCCCUGGGCCUCGUGUUGACCAACAACAAUAAACUACGUUCCGUCUAAACGUC